AUGAACUACCUUCAUCACACAUACGCCUUUACGGGCGUGCCAAUGGAUCAUCAACCGGUAGCCUUCGAUCCGACAAUGACCCAUCCCUCCAUGAUGCACCCGAUGGAUGGCUACCUCUACCCACACCCCCCGUUCGACAUGGUCGAUUUCUAUCACCAGCCUAUCAUGGACUACGACGAAUAUGCAGAGAACCUCUCGCGUCCGAGGUUGACCAAGGAACAGGUGGAGACUUUGGAAGCCCAAUUUCAAGCCCACCCCAAGCCCAGCAGCAAUGUCAAGCGUCAAUUGGCGGCGCAAACGAAUCUCAGCCUCCCCCGUGUAGCGAACUGGUUCCAGAACCGUCGGGCAAAGGCGAAGCAACAGAAGCGCCAAGAAGAAUUCGAGAGAAUGCAGAAGGCCAAGGCGGAGGCCGAAGAGGCUGCUCGGGGAAAGUCAGACAACACGGAGACCUCGUCCGAGUCGAAUCAAGACUCCAAGACCAAGAGCGGUGAGGCACACGAAGAUACUCCCAAGCCUUCGACCGAAAAGCCCAGCGAGCGGACAAAGACGACCUCUUCCUCUUCGCGGUCCAAGCACCAGAAGACAAGAAGUGAGUCGGCCCGAGAGGCAACUUUCGCGUCUCUACAAAGAGCAUUGAACGCUGCUGUUGCGGCGCGCGACCGGUACAGCCAAGACGGGGACAACAGCCAUCCGGCUAGCGUGGAUGGGUCGGUGUCUCCUACCACGACCUUCGCGGCCAACCCCCGAAGUGAUAGUCAUGACGAACACGGAGUCAGCUCGGGUGAUCUGAGUCCUUCGUAUGCACAGACGACGCUUCCCUGGGAGCCAUCUCAGACCUCCCUGGACUUUGUAACGGCAAGUGGCGAGUCGCUGACUAUUCCCACUCUUGAAAGCCCUCACGGUAUGCAGCUCCACUCUGAAGACUGGGCCGGUCACAUGCAAUCGUCGACCAAGCCAAUCUCUGGGUACCGAUCAGCUAGUGACGCGGAGGCUUCCUACAAUACGGUUCAAUAUCCCAUCCAUCAAGAUCUAGAGUUGUCCCGACGGGGCUCGUCCGACGAGCUCGCUGAUAGUUUUGAAGGUAUUGGGAUCAACACCCCGCAAGGGCUGUCGCAGCUCGUUCACGGGGCCGACCGAGCUUCAUGGAGAGAGGCAGGCAAGGAACUUGACCUGGCUGCUCGCAGAAAACGCCCGAGGCCUGCUGCGAUUGGUACCUCUAGAUCUUCGUCUAUGCUCUCAGGCUCGUCGGCUAUGUCACCCACAGGGAGACUCCCUGGUUAUGGUAGCAUGAGACACUCGAAAUCGGCGCAAGGACUCAACUCUCGUUACGCAGGAGUGAGAAAGGCGUCUGCCGCACAACGUUCGCCUCUCAACCUUUCGACUUUUGCCGAGGCGGGAUCUCUCAAUUCCAAAGCCGAAAUGUCAUCGAUGUUGCAACCCACGGUGACCGCGGGUGGAUUAGCACCCCCCACACCUCUGACCCCGGAGGAUCUGCAUCACUUGCUUCCGAACACCCCAAGUGAUGCAGGCUACUGUCUGUCGGCACAACCCACCAGCCAGCUGUUUCCCACGACACAGCCGAUGCAGAUCAACAUCGCCUCUCCUCCGGCUACGCCGUUGGCAGUGGACAUGCUUUCCGGAUAUCCGUAUCACGGGGGCGCUCCGCCAAUGUCGGCUCCGGCUCAUUACAACUCCUUCCAUGACUACACAUCAUGUGAAACCUCGAUGACAGGCAGAAGCUGGCCCGAUGCGACCUCCAUGUCAUCCCCGGAAGCUUCUUUCCAAAGCCCCUGCCAAGUCACACCGCAGCCGGACAUGGCUUCGAUGUCGUAUGACAACAGCGGCGAGCAUGUUCCCGUGACGGAUUCUCCGUCGCUGGUGUACACGACUACCGAUGUGGACAUGUCCAUGUCAGCUGGGCUAGGGGGCGACUCGAAGCCUCGGGAAUUCAUCUAUGAGUUCCCCGAGCAGCAGGAGGCCCAGCGGUACGGUGCACAACAGCUUCCUUCGCAGAAACCAGAGGCAUACACAUUUGCCAACAACAAAACCCCGAAUGACUUCUGA